AACCACCCCAAUAUUGAUUAGGCCCAAAACGUGCGAGUGAGAACUGGGGAGGGAUAAUUUUGCAGAAUAGUUGAAAUUUGAAAAUGUGAAAAUCAGAUGUCGACCAAUCAGAAAAAUUGAGAAUGAAUAUAUAACUUUGAAAGAACCACCCACGCAAUGCACAUACCGAUCAUCUGAUUAUUCUCCGGCGAUCCCUUCAUUUUCAAAAUUUCAUCUGCGUGCACCAGCGCAGCCCCGUCUCUACCGUUGAAAUUUGGACGAAUCUGACCCAAAUUCCCACCGAAAGCAACUGCAGGCAAAACCCCUUUUUCCCAACCCAGAUUCUCUGCGAUCUGAGCUGUUCCAUUCGUCGGUUCGUGGUGUUUUAUUCCUUUUCUUUACCCACCAAGUGUUUCGCACUUUCGAACAUUUUCUCCCAAUGCAUGGCUGGAAAUAAAAAAUUUUCUAUCUUUCGCCUUCCAGCAUCUUUAUUUUAGCCUUUCUCCAGCUAUAAAUAGAGGGCGAAGAUCGACACCUUCAAUUCGUGCUGCCAUCAGUUAGUUCAAGAGCCUGCAGUUCCAUUUUCUAGAAGCCUCGUUUGGUCUGCAGACUGAAUAGGCAACUUGUUGCACAACAUGGGUUACAUGAGCAAUGAAUUGGAUAAAAAUAAUCAGCAGAUUGAUACUGGUGCAGCAAUACGCAAUGGAAAAGAAAUUAUGUUGCAGGCUUUCAAUUGGGAGUCUCACAAACAUGAUUGGUGGAGGAACUUGGAGAAAAAGGUCUCUGAUAUUUCCAAAUCAGGAUUCACAUCUGCGUGGUUGCCCCCACCCACACACUCAUUUGCACCUGAAGGUUAUCUUCCACAGAACCUUUACUCACUCAACUCUUCAUAUGGUUCCGAGAACAUGCUAAAAGCUCUGCUUAACAAGUUGAAAACACACAAAGUUAGACCAAUGGCUGACAUAGUCAUAAAUCAUCGGGUGGGGACCACUAAAGGGCAUGGUGGUAUGUACAACCGUUAUGAUGGGAUACCGCUAGCAUGGGACGAGCAUGCAGUUACAGCCUGUACUGGUGGAAAGGGCAACAAAAGUACUGGGGACAAUUUUAAUGGGGUCCCGAAUAUUGAUCACACCCAGCACUUUGUGAGGAAAGACAUAACCAACUGGCUUCAGUGGUUGAGAAAUGAUGUCGGUUUCCAGGAUUUUCGGUUUGAUUUUGCUAGAGGUUAUUCUGCCAAAUAUGUGAAGGAAUAUAUUGAAAGUGCCAAGCCGAUAUUUUCUGUUGGUGAAUAUUGGGAUUCUUGCAACUACAAAGGCAGCUACUUGGAGUACAAUCAAGAUAGUCACAGGCAAAGGAUUAUCAACUGGAUAGAUAGCACGGGACAACUAGCAGCUGCGUUUGACUUCACUACCAAGGGGAUUCUCCAGGAAGCUGUGAAAGGAGAAUUCUGGCGUUUGCGUGAUCCACAAGGGAAGCCACCAGGUGUCAUCGGGUGGUGGCCUUCAAGAGCCGUGACAUUUCUUGACAACCAUGAUACUGGCUCAACACAGGCACAUUGGCCUUUCCCAUCACAUCACAUUAUGGAGGGGUACACCUACAUACUCACACACCCUGGCAUACCCUCAGUGUUCUACGACCAUUUCUACGACUGGGGUAGUUCGAUUCACGACCAGAUUGUGAAGCUGAUUGAUAUAAGGAAGGGUCAAGGAAUAAACAGCCGAUCGUCGAUUAAGAUCCUGGAGGCACAGCAAAACUUGUAUGCCGCCAUUAUUGGAGACAAGAUAUCGAUGAAGAUUGGAGACGGGUCCACACGAGUCAGGUGGUAUGUCGCACUAGACUCACGAUUGGCGGAUUUGGCCAUCUCCUCCCAGUGCGAGUUCUUCUCCAGCUAUAGAUUUAACACCUGCUGUUGCUCGAAGGUUGUCGGCGAGGGACUGACAAGGGCCGAUUGUGCUGAUGCUUGUCUGAAAUACAACCACUGCUCGCUGAAAAGGGGUGUCGGUGAGGAAUCGCUGCUGCUCUGA